CGGGGUUCUCGCGGUCUCGCGCCCAGUCCUUCUUUUCCUUCCCCAGUUGCUUCUUUAGACGUUUCUCCUCUGGCAUCAGGCUUGCAGGGUAGUAUCUUCAUAUAGGGACGCACAGGAUAUGUUAUACUGAGACAUCAGUUCCCGUCAAUUCACUCAAAAACCUCGACCUGAGGGUCUCGUGCCGUCUUAUUAAUUCAUUCGCAUAGAAGCCUGGUCGGAAGAUCGCAUUGAUUCCCAGCAGCACACUGAUAUCCUCGCUCUUCAAUAACGCAUUAAACGAUACCCCCGUGACAAUCAUUAUGGGCGACGCUACGGUCACUUACCCCGCGUCUCUGAACACCCUGUUCGACGAGUCAUCCGCGCUUCGGCAACAAUAUGACCCCAUCCGCCUCACAGAUGCGGAUAUAGUGCCCCUCCUGCAGCUGCCCUCCGCAAAGGCAGUCUUCGGACAUGAUGUAGCAGACUCAGAGGCUCUCGACCGUGUCUCUCGCAAAGAAAUCUCUUAUACUACUUUCUUGACGGAAAAGGCAAAGGCUGUCGCCCAGACACCAGUGGAUGGCUUGACCUCUGAGCAACAGCGCUCUCAAUUGCUCUAUAUCGGUCUGGCCGCUCUAUUCGGUUUCUUGCAGUCGAAUGUCACUGGUCCUCCGUUGCAGUUCAGCCCUGCAGAUGUUAUCAUCCCUGCUGCCCUGCGGCCAGACGCGGCGGCCCUCCGCGCCGUCCGCGAUCAUGUCAUCCGGGACCUCUCGGUGGACGGUGAGGCCGCUUACAAGCUGACUCCUAAUGUGGAAUUGUUCGCUGUGGCGAAGGCCCUGCUGGUGGAUGCUGAUGUCCUGUUGUCGAACGGUCCGUUGGUGGCUAGGACUGUGAGGGUCCGGGUCAACUUCCUUCACCAGAAGAUGCUGUCGGAAGUCACUGGCACUCUGCAGGAUUCCAUCUACACCGAUUUGGAGAACCUCGAAAAGCUCGUUCUGAGCGACAAGUGCACUGCACAGGAGAAGGGUCGGUUCCUUCUCGAACGGGCUACCAUUCAUACUCACCACAGCUUUGAUGCCAAGGCCAGAAAGGAUCUCGAACAGGCUGCCGUGGAGCGGAAGUUCGAGUUCGCUCUAACCGGUAAGCUCGGAAAGAGGACCAAAUUCCAGGACCGUGAUAUCAGUCAGCUGGUUAUCCUGGCUAAGAGCGCCGAUGCCGCCGCGGAAUCGGAGAGCGACAAGCCCUCUGUACCCAAGAAGCUCGAUCUCAAUGAUGACACUCUUCUCGAGUCUAUCUCCUUUACCAAGUCGGAUGGCCAGAAAUCCGAAGACACACAAGUGACCGUUCAGGAGGAGUCGAAUCUCCCGCCUUCCCUGGCGUCUCUCGACCCCGGCGACCAACCCAAGCUUGACCCCGUCGACUCUGCUAUUCUCCUUGCUUUCGCAUCCGCCAUUACAAACACCGCACCGGAGAACGGCCUCACCCGAGAGGAAACGCAGCCGUACGCGACCCGUGUGCUCGAGGGUGGCAGCUCGAACUGGCAGAUCUACACUCAGGCCCUGUUGGUACGAAGCCGAGUCGAGGGAUACAAAGCCAGAACUGUCGAGAGAUCCGUCCUGCAGAUGCAAGCUCUUGUCGACCAAGUCAUCGCCGACACCGCCACCUCCGAUGAACAAGCAGGAACAUCCGUCGAAGAGCCGACUACUUUCCUUCCCCGACCCGAGAAAUCGGAAUCCGCCUCCGCCGCCGAGCGUCUGGAGUACAUCUGGAUCUUGAGCUUCUCCACCCGCUGGAGCCUGGAGGCAGAGCUCGCCACCCGCUGGGUCAACCUCGGAGGUCUGCGCACAGCCUUGGACAUCUACGAGCGUCUACAGAUGUGGGCUGAGGCCGCUCUCUGCUACGCCGCCACCGAACGAGAGGACAAGGCCAAGUACCUCGUCCGCAGACAGCUCUACCAACCCACCGGCACGGAUCCCGACGAUGAAAACGAGAAGUUCGAUGGGCCCGAACUCUCCCCUCUCCCCGCCGAUGCGCCCCGCCUCCUCUGCAUCCUGGGUGACAUCGACACCGACCCAGCCAUGUACGAGCGCGCCUGGGCAGUCUCCAACAACAGAUACGCUCGCGCCCAGCGCUCCCUGGCCCGUCACUACCUCAGCCUGAAGCCCCCAGCUCUCGACAAAGCCGAAGACGCCUACCUCAAGAGUCUCCACAUCAACCGUCUUAACCUCGGCGCCUGGUUCGCCCUGGGCUGCGUGCAACUGGAGCUCCAGAAAUGGGACGACGCCAUCGACUCCUUCACCCGCACCGUCCAGCUCGAAGACACCGACGCCGAAGCCUGGAGUAACCUGGCCGCCGCGAUCCUGCGCUCUCCCAAACCCGCAGAAUCAACCGAACCCUUCCCCAUCCCCAUCACCGAGGCCCCCGUAAAGGCCGACGACGAAGAAGACGAAGAGACCACCAACCAACCCGCCCCCGAAGACCCCUACAAGCGCAAACGCGAAGCCCUAGCGGCCCUCCAACGCGCUGCCCAACUCAAGCACAGCGACGUCCGCAUCUGGGACAACGUCCUCACCGUGGCGGCCUCCAUCCCCCCGCCCUUCACUCCCUUCCGCGAAGUCAUCACCGCCCAACGCCGUGUCAUCGAACUCCACGGCUCCAAGAACGGCGAGAAGUGCAUCGACCUGCCCAUCACAGGACUGCUCGUGGACCACCUCGUCACUGCAUACAACUAUUCCGACCUCCUCAUCUCCAUCGAUGGCGACGAUUCUAACGCCAAGGUCGUCCGCAGCGGCACCAUCGCCGGCCAGAUCCUCUCGCUCAUCGACACCAGCAUCGUUCCGCUGAUCACGCACUCCGCGCCGCUGUGGCUCCUCGUCGCUAGGGUGGAGGUGUUCCGUGAACGCCCGAGCAUGGCUUUCGAGGCGCAUGAGAAGGCGUGGCGCGCGACGGUUGCCUCGGCCUCGCAGGGCGCGUUCCAGAUGGCUGAUGAGAAGAGGUGGAUGGAGAUUGUGAAGGCUACGGAGAGGUUGGUGAGAGAUGGGUAUGCGCGGUUUGGUCCGAUGGAUAAGGAGGGUACGGAGGAGAUGGUCGCGAAGGAUUGGAGGUUCAAGGCUAGGAGUGCGGUUAGGGGCAUUUUGGGUAAGGGGAAGGAGUUUUGGGAGGAUAGUGAGGGGUGGGAGAGGUUGAAGGAGUUGCAGAGUGAGGUGGGGAGUAAUUAG